CCCCUAAAAGCAGAGACAUAGACAAGCAAAGCACAAAGUGUAGGGAGAUAGAUGGAAGGAGGUUGUCUUACAUUCACCACAGCCUCAGCACCAACAAGACCUUCAACAUGUCUUCAUUACAAUUCUACUUUUCCCAAACAAUUUCAAGCUAAUUCCCUACCAAAUACUAUCACAAGAAGAAGAAGAGGAUUAUCAAUAAAAGCAUCCAGCCACAACUUUUCUACACUAUCCGGGAAUUGGGAUGUUUCCAGUUACACAAAAACGCCUUCUUGGUUGCCCAGAUUUGAAGAACUUGAUACUACCAAUAUGCUUCUUCGUCAAAGGAUUAUCUUCUUGGGUUCUCAGGUAGACGAUGUUACUGCAGAUUUUAUUAUAAGCCAGCUAUUAUUUCUUGAUGCAGAAGAUGAUAAAAAGGACAUCAGAUUGAUCAUUAAUUCACCUGGUGGUUCAGUAACUGCUGGGAUGGGAAUCUAUGAUGCUAUGAAAAUGUGCAAGGCUGAUGUUUCUACUAUCUGCAUGGGAUUGGCUGCAUCCAUGGGUGCAUUUCUCCUAGCCUCUGGCAGCAAGGGAAAGAGAUACUGCAUGCCAAACGCCAGAGUGAUGAUCCAUCAACCACUUGGAACCUCUGGUGGUAAAGCAACAGAGAUGAGUAUACGGAUCAGAGAAAUGUCAUACCACAAGAUUAAGCUGAACAAAAUACUAUCAAGAUGUACUGGCCAGCCUUUAGAAAAGGUUGAAGUAGAUACUGAUCGCGAUAAUUUCAUGAAUGCUUGGGAGGCUAAGGAAUACGGGCUGGUUGAUGCUGUUAUAGAUGAUGGCAAACCAGGAUUGGUAGCACCCAUUACAGAUGGCACCACGCCUCCACCAAAAACACGAGUUUGGGAUCAGUGGAAGAUCGAAGGCACCAAGAAGGCAAGGAAAAUGGGUUUGCCUUCUGAAGAAAGGAUAUCGCAAAAUGGUUAUGCGGCUAGUCCAGAUGAUGAGCAAAGGAGCAAUGAACAGAAAGAUGAAGCUCCCAGUCCUCUAUAGUGUAUUGGGGGAUAAAUGUUCCCUUGAACAGAUGUACUAAGUCGUAUUGAAUUUGAGAUGUCUGUCUUGAGGAUUCAUUGUAGAUUAUUAAUUUUUAUAUUAUGCUCGAGGUCAGUUGAGCCUUCUGUUGUACCAAUAUCUGCUUUAAGUAUUUGAAUUGGUCUUUAUCAUAAAAGAGAACAUUUGAAUUGGUA